CCAAGGCACACAACAACUAAAAAAACACAAACACCUUUCUAUCUUCUUUGUUCGGUUUGGCAAUGGAUCUAGCCAAACACACACGACUUCAAAUAUUGGGAUGCAUACUCCUGGCAUCACUUGCAUUAACAAUGGCUGAUACACCACCGGGAAUAGCCAAGAACCCAAGCCACGCAACAUGUAAGAUCAAGAAGUACAAACAUUGCUACAACUUGGAACAUGUUUGUCCUAAGUUCUGCCCUGACACUUGCCAUGUCGAAUGUGCCUCUUGCAAACCCAUAUGUGGCCCUCCUUCCGCUGACGAUGAUGGUGGCAAUGACGGUGGCGAUGACGGUGGAUACACUCCUCCCGCUCCUGUUCCACCAGUUUUACCGCCACCUCCUACACCUUCCGUGCCAAGCCCUACACCGCCAGCUUCGCCACCACCUCCAACUCCUACGCCGUCCGUGCCAAGUCCCACUCCACCAGUUUCACCACCACCUCCGACUCCUACACCGUCUGUCCCAAGUCCCACUCCACCAGUUUCACCACCGCCUCCAACUCCUACACCAUCUGUGCCAAGUCCUACUCCUCCAGUUUCACCACCACCCCCCACUCCAACACCUUCCGUGCCAAGUCCUCCUGGUACACCCACGACACCAGUCCCUCCAUAUUCUCCUCCUGUAACUCCUACACCCUCUGUUCCAAGUCCCACUCCUACUCCACCUUCCGUCCCAACUCCUCCAGGAUCUACUCCCGCGACUCCUACACCUUCCGUCCCAACUCCUCCAGGUUCUACUCCCACACCUUCCGUCCCAACUCCUCCUGGCUCUCCCCCUUACGUUCCCCCGCCAUCAGACGACCAAGCAGGAGCCGGAGUCAGAAGGGCUAGAUGUAGGAAGCAGGGAUCUCCAUGUUACGGAGUUGAGUACACUUGCCCUACCGCUUGUCCCCGUUCUUGUCAAGUCGAUUGCGUCACUUGCAAGCCACUUUGCAAUUGCGACAAGCCAGGAUCCGUUUGCCAAGACCCACGUUUCAUUGGAGGAGAUGGUCUCACUUUUUACUUCCACGGCAAGAAAGACUCCAACUUCUGCCUUAUCUCUGAUCCUAAUCUUCACAUCAACGCACAUUUCAUCGGCAAACGUAGACCAGGUAUGGCACGUGACUUCACAUGGGUCCAAUCCAUUGCCAUGCUCUUCGGCACUCACCGUUUAUACGUCGGAGCCCUCAAGACUGCCACGUGGGACGAUUCCGUUGACCGGAUCGCCGUCUCUUUCGACGGAAACGUUAUCUCACUCCCUCAGCUAGACGGUGCAACAUGGACUUCUUCCCCUGGAGUAUACCCUCAGGUCUCUGUCAAGCGAGUCAACGCUGACACUAACAACCUCGAGGUUGAAGUAGAGGGUUUGCUUAAGAUCACAGCAAGAGUGGUGCCAAUAACAAUGGAAGAUUCAAGAAUCCAUGGCUAUGACGUGAAGGAAGACGACUGUCUAGCUCAUCUUGACCUCGGCUUCAAGUUCCAAGACCUUAGCGACAAUGUUGAUGGUGUUUUGGGACAGACUUAUAGGUCUAACUACGUUAGCCGAGUUAAGAUCGGAGUCCACAUGCCUGUGAUGGGUGGUGACAGAGAAUUCCAGACCAGCGGACUUUUUGCACCUGACUGCUCAGCCGCAAGGUUCACCGGUAACGAAGCAAGCAACGGUGGACAGAGCAAAUUAUUGGAGCUCCCUGAGAUGAGUUGUGCCAGUGGCGUAGGUGGCAAGGGAGUGGUCUGCAAGAGAUAGGACACUCCUCCUGCUCCUUUUACUACUAUAUACCAUUAUACAAAUUGGUAACUAUAAUAUUAUAACUUAAUAAAAUGUGUAACAUGGUUGUUUUUUCCUAUAACAAUAUUAUUAUCGAGAAAAAGGAAACAUGUAAUAAUACAUGUAAUUUUAUUUUUCCCGAAUUUAUUGAAAUGUGAAUUUAUA